CGGUUCCAACACCACAAAAUAUCCACCCAAGAUGGGGUGGAAGGACUCGCAAGGAUGGUGGCGAAAGCGGCGAAACAGUGGUAAGUGAAGCGCAAUUGGGUUGGACAUGGCGUCGUUGCCAGUGGCCACAAAUGUGCAGGCCAGAGCAACAAGCAGCAAGAGCAUCAUCGUGACAUGGAGCGUGCCAAAGGUGGCAGACAUUGUGGGCGGCAGCACCCAUGGCGCCCGCAAUGCUGGCGCAUUCAAGUUCUCGUUCCGCGUGCUGCGGCGACGCAAGGGCCUCGCCGCCUUUGUUGUGGCCCACCAACAGGACGACACGUACGACUCCCACGAAAUCACGGGCCUGCGACCAAACUGCGAGUACGAGAUUGCAGUGCAGACCUUCUCCACAGGACAGCACCGCGUCGCCGCAGCCAAGGCCGGCGUGCUCCCAACAACGGAGCCAGUGCCGUGCCGCACGCUGGAAGAUGUGCCGACAGCGCCCCGAAGUCUCCACGCCACGCACGUGACAACGGACACCAUCACCGUGGCCUGGAAACCACCGGGCCGCCUCAACGGCACCCUGCGCGGCUACAGGCUCUUCUUUGACCAGGCAAAGGAGGAAGAGUUCAAUGUUGUCGAACUCACCCCAGGCUCCACCUCAUACACAGCACGCCACCUCUACCCCAUCACACCAUACCGCUUUCAGAUUCUUGCCUUUACAUCUGCUGGUGAGGGUCCUUGCACGCACAUCCUCACACAGCGCACUCGUGACUCUGCACUCAACCGCUUCAAGCUUCAAGGCGGAGACGACUGGGUGCAGGGUGAGACAGUGGUCGAUGAUGACGAUGAUGAUGCCGGUAGUGACGUGGACGACGACAGUGACAACGAUGCCAAAGUUGGGGCGGUGGUGCGCAGGAACCAAGCAAACGACCCAUCAGCCACGCGUGCACCAGCAAAGCCAGUGCGGCGGGGAUUCUGCGUUGUUGCACCAACUUCUCGCCCCACGCCAAACAAGGCGCCCGCCUCGUCGUCCAAUGGGCGGCAAAUGCAGUCGUCGUCGUCGUCGUCGUCGCGGCCGGUGAUGCGGCGGCUCAACGAAGACGACUGGCGCGCAAUGUUCUUCAGCAAGGAUCAGGGCCAGCGCGCCACAAGCCACGUUGACGUCCGCCAGCCAGCACCUCCACAGCUCCAGGCACGAUCCGCUUCGUCGGCUGAUGUUACACGCACACGCACGCGCAGGCCGCUGUCGCUGAUACCGCCUGUUCGGGGACAACAGCCAUCCCCAUCUGUGUCAGUGCCGUCUGCGCAAUCGCGGACAAACACCACGCCGAAGCGACGUGUGCAUCCACAGGCAGAAGCGUUCUCAUCCCCGUCAUCGUCACCUUCACCCUCGAACCACAAACACUCACCAACAGAGGAACUGGCGGGAUUGCGGACAGUGUCGCGCGGUGCAGUCACAAAUGAAAGACAGCCAACAACAGCAGACCAGGACGUGGCCGUGGCCGAGGGCGUUGGCGGUGAGGAUCAGCUGAUUAUGGUGCGCAAACGAAACAAGGCGCGAACAAUUCGCGGGAAAAAGCACGGCGUGCGGAAGACACUGCAACAGCUCAAGAGCACAUACGAUCUGCUCUCCUCCACUGAACUUUCGCGCCUCUUCGACGAGGAGAGCAAAACCAAACGCGUUGUGCUCUAUGUCACAAACACAACAGCGAUUCGUGACACUUUCCAAGCCUGCGAGGAAAUCAAGGCGCUCUUCUACAACCUUCGUGUUCGCGUCGACCUUCGAAACAUCGCCAUGGACAAACAGGCGAGAAGCGAGUUAGAGCGCCGGUUGCCCGGUGCUGUUGUUCCGCAAGCGUUUCUGGAAGGCAGACAUCUUGGGGAUGCGAAGGCGUUGAAGGAGAUGAACGAGACAGGUGCGCUGCGGCGGCGGCUGGCGGACUGCGAGGAGCGACCACUCACAGAUUGCACAACCUGCGGUGGACAGGGCUACAUCCUGUGCACCUGGUGUCAAGGUUCGAAGCGCAGUCUGCUGCACGGCUUUGGGGAAUCCACCAAGGAAGAGUGGCUCAAGUGCUCCGUGUGCAACGAAAACGCUCUCCAGCGCUGUCCCGACUGCUGAACCGGUCGCGGUCACCUCAGUUCACACCCAAGAUCUGCAAGACGCGAGCGGACAGACUGCUGCCACUGCCAAGCUGUUGUAUGUGUGUGUGCGUUUGGGUGUACGUUUGUUAUGAGCAAGAAUAAUCGACAAGCAAACCAUGGAUA